AUGGCAACCAACAUGGAAAUAGCUGUCAGCUACCCUGCUUCUAAAUUUGAAGCAGAUAAUACUAUUACUAAUCCUAAAGUCUUGGAGAAAUAUCAACUUGCUGCUGAUGUUGUCAAUGUUGCCCUUCCACUCGUUCUUGAAAGAGCCCAAGUAGGUGUCUCAGUCUGCGAUCUGUGUCAAUAUGGUGAUGACUUGAUCAACAAAUAUACAGAAAACAUGUUCAAGUCUGCAGAAAGAGGUGUUGCUGUCCCCACCUGUGUUUCCUUGAAUAACUAUAUUCAAUAUUUUUCUCCACUUGCUGAAAACGAUGUCUAUUUGAAGGCUGGAGAUGUUGUUAAAGUUGAAUUAGGUGUACACAUUGACGGAUACAUCGCUACUGCUGCCCACACAAUCGUUGUGACCGAGAAUAAGCAACAGCCUGUCACUGGCAAAACAGCCGAUGUGAUCUGUGCUACCUACUUUGCAUAUGAAGCAGCCUGUCGCAUGCUUCGUCCUGGUGUCAAGGCAUCUGAAAUCACGCGCGUGAUUACCGAAAUUGCAGCUUAUUUCCGAUGCCAGCCUGUCGAAGGAACCUUUUCUUCGCCCAUGAAGCGAUUUGUUUUGCGUGCAGGAAAGGACAUUGAAAACCGCUUCUUGGACGAUUUGAUUGUAUCAGAAUUGGAAAAAUAUGACUUUGAGAUUGAAGCCAACCAGGUGUAUCAGAUGAACAUUGUCUUGACUACAGGUGACGGACAAGUGAAGAAUACAGACUUCAAGCCUUUUGUGUAUCAAAGAGAUGUCAACAAGACAUAUCAGCUCAAGAUGAAGUCAGCACGCCUUGCCUAUGCCGAAGUCAACGCCAACCACACCGUAUUCCCGUUCGCGACACGCGCAUUGUCCAGCAAUGCUAGUCGUCUCGGUCUUCAGUCCUUGCUACAGCAUGAAUUAGUUACUGCUCACCCCGUGAUGAGAUCUAAGCUGAAUUCAGAUGUUGUUGCUCAGUUCAAGGGUACUGUCUUGGUCAAUGCAGAUGGACCUACCCGUACGACACGUUCUUGGUCUUUGCCUUAUGUCCAUUCUCAAUACUGCAUACCCCAGCCUACGACUGCUGCUGCCGUCUUGAGCACACCUCCCAUUAGGGAAAUCAGACAGCCUAAACCACUGCCUGCUGUUGAUGUAGAAUUUGGUGCACGCCGGAUUGAGAAGGAGGAUGUUGAAAUGGAUAUGGAGUAA